AGGAGGCGGGAGCUGAGGUGGCUGCGGAGGGGGCGGGUCGCGUCGGGCGCCACGUCCGCAGCCAGAGGCCGCCGCCGCCCGAGUCUUGAACCUCCACAGCCUUGAGGGGAUCCUCCGGAGCCCGCAGCUGUCCAGGGCUGUGUCACCGCAGCUGCCUCCCAGGCCACCUCAGCCCUCCUCGGUGCUGCCGCUGCCUCCGCCCCGGCGCCGGCUCCGACCCCGUGGAGAUCAUGAAUCAGGCAGAUAAAAAUCAACAAGAAAUGCCAUCAUACCUUAGUGAUGAACCACCAGAAGGUUCAAUGAAAGAUCAUCCACAGCAGCAGCCGGGCAUGUUGUCCCGUGUGACUGGGGGAAUAUUCAGUGUUACAAAGGGAGCUGUUGGUGCCACCAUUGGUGGUGUGGCUUGGAUUGGUGGAAAGAGCCUGGAGGUGACCAAAACAGCUGUUACAACUGUGCCUUCCAUGGGAAUAGGGCUGGUGAAAGGGGGCGUGUCUGCUGUGGCUGGAGGUGUUACAGCUGUUGGGUCUGCUGUUGUAAACAAAGUGCCCUUAACAGGAAAGAAGAAAGACAAAUCUGACUAAAAUGUGGAGGUAUACUUGCUCUCCCCAGCAUUGUGAUGCCAGUGGCAUUGGAUUGCUAACUUAUGGACCUCAACCACAUCACCUGUUUGGAUGCUUAUCUCUAAACUGCUGUGUUGAAGGUAUUGGUGGCUUUCACCUAAAGAAGAGACUAUACUAGCACAGUGUGUGAAGGUUUCUCAUACUUAAGUUCCAGCUUUUUAUCUGGUAAAUGUUACACUUACUAAGCUGUAACUGAAGAUAUGGUAUGUUAAAUAUUUACUAUAAGUCUUUCAGUUUGACUAAAAAUGUGAAAAUUGAAUUUAGUAGAUGAUCUUUACAGUUUCAGAUGUACAGUGUGCCACGUUAACUCAUACAGCCCUUAUGAAGGGGAAUCUUGAAUACAUAAACUGUACCUUUGAUGUGCCUAAUAGUUUC